CUUUGAUUGGGGCUUCACUCUGGACUUUAACCAGACCCCCAGGAGCCGGGCCAGGAGCCCUGCACUGCAAGGGACCGUGGCAAGAGGUGCCAAUGGGAGAUCAGGAGCGGGAUGCCGUGGGGAUACAGUGGGCAGGAAACUGCGGCUCCGACCCCUCUGCCCGCCUGUGGGAAGUGCCUGUACCGGGCAUCACCCAGCAGCCCCUGUCCUGGCACUGUGAGCCCCUGGGUGUGCCCCCGACAAGUGACCACCCCCGCCUGGUUUGGGAAGGUUUUUCCCUGCUGCCAGCUGCAAUAUUGAUUUGUUUAAGCCCAACCCCAUGAAUUUCAGCCACUUCCCUGCACAGCCUAGGUGGACUGGGGGAAAAACACUUCUCAGGCUGUGCCUGACGCAGCUCUGAGCACAGGAGGAACCCUGGCUCCUGGGGUGUCCCCCUUCCACAGAGUCUUCACGGGCCCCAAACUAGAGGAACCGGCAACUUUUUAAAAACUAAAGUCACGCCGAGCCCUCGUCUCAUGACGCUCUGUCCAGCUGCCAACAUCUGGGGCGGCAGCUUGGCUGCGCUCCUGGAGCAGGCGGGGAUGCCAAGUGCCGCCUUUUGGGAUUGGCCCCUCGGGAGAUUAACUUUCUUAUUCCAGGAAUUUCUUCUUUCAUGUCUUGGCGGGGGCCGUGCCCCGCAGCAGAGCUCGGCUCCACUCCCGGCUGUGGCGCCCGGUGCUGCCCCGGGCGUGGCGGGGGCUCAGCACCGCCCCGGUGCCCCCACUGCCACUGCAGCUCCUCAGAGGCAGAUUUUGGAGGGCACUGGGGGUGUCCUGGGGCUGGUUGGCUGUGUGUCCCAGGGUCAGCUUCCAGAGAAGGAGGAGAUCGACCACCCCAACAACAGCUUCAGCCCCUGCAGCAUCCAUGACCGCAAGUGCCUGCAGAAGCAGCAGGCGAAGAGGGUCAACAACGGCAACAAGAUGCGCAGCAGUGGGAGCCCUCACCACCGCGAGGACACGCGGGUCAUGGCACAGGGCUCGUGCCAGAGUGAGCUGCACCGGGCGCUGGAGAGGCUGGCAGCCUCGCAGACCCGGACACAUGAGGACCUGUAUGUCAUCCCCAUCCCCAACUGCGACCGCAACGGCAACUUCCACCCCAAGCAGUGUCACCCGGCGCUGGAUGGGCAGCGGGGCAAGUGCUGGUGUGUGGACCGCAAGACGGGAGUGAAGCUGCCGGGCUUCCUGGAGCUGAAGGGGGACUUGGACUGUCACCAGCUGGCGGACAGCAUGUGAGCUUGACCGCGGCGGCCCCGCGCCGUGCAGGGCCAGGACCCCCGCCGGGGCUGCCUUGGAGAGAAGGAGAGGGGACGUGACUGCUGAGCAGCGCCCUGGUGCCGGGGGACCCCGGGAUGCGCCUCGGAUGGCAGCGUGCUCUGCGCCACGGGCUGCCCACGGCACCGCCACCUGCGCCAUGACCACUAUCGGCCACUGCCAGGGGUCCCGGCACCCGCCAGCGGCACCUCCAUCCCACACGGACACGGCUUGGAGCAUGCUGCUCUGGGGCUGGGGUCGGGCUGUCUGGGUGGAGUGGGUGGGAGGUACCCUUGAUGCUGCUGCUGCUGCCCCGUGGUACCCCUGGUUUUCAGCCCGGCCCCGCAGGCAACCUCGGACACCUGGCACCUCGGGGGGUGCAGUGGCAGCAUCGCAUUUGCAGCUCGGUACCCUCCAUGCCAGACCUCUGCAGCAGAAGUGCCUCAUCCUGCCCUCCCUGCUGGCGAGAGGCUGCCCAGGCAAGGACUGGGGGAUCUGGAGAGACCCCCCUCGCCUGCAUCCCACCCCGAGCGUGUGUGUGUGAAGGGCACUGUGGCCUCACAGAGCAAUAAGAAACCUUCCCCCUCCCUGCUGCAGCCUCCCAGCCCCACAGCCCGGGACCUCCUCCCCACAGCCCAGCCCCAUCCCACUCCCUGUGCAGGGACAAAGCCUCCCAUCCAUCCUGUCUCCCCCUCCUCCAUCCUGGGGUCAGGGGGUCGGGAUCCCCAGGGAAGCAGCAUUGAGGGGAGGGUGGAGGGGUGAGGGAUGCCCAGGAAACACAUCCCAGGGGGAAGAGCUUCUUUUGGUUUGAGAUUUUUCUUUCUUCCCUAAAUUUUUUAGUAUUUAAAAAAUGUUGUUGGUGGGAUCUGUGUGACUGUGUGAGGCCCCGAGGCUGGAAUUCUCCAUCCCCGGGGACCAGGGCAUGAUGAUGGCUGGUGAUGGCUUUGGUGAUGGCUCCUGUCUUCUCUUCUUGGCCAAUGUGACAAAACUGGGAUGGAUUCUGGAAUGUCUCCGUGAUGGGAUCUGCAGAUUUCACCAGCACAAAGUUCUCAGCUGAGAAAUUGUCACUGUUUUUGUACCUGGUUUUUCUUCAAGCUGGGAUGGAAAUUUUUCACAUAAAUAUGCCAUGGAAAGUGUGCCAAAGACAGAGGGGACUUCCCCAAUCCCCUCCUGCCCCACCCUCUGGCUCCAUGGCCCCAGUGGUAGGUUUUGGUUUUCCAUGUGGAUUUGUCCUGUCCAAGGCCCCCCGCAAUGGGAAUGAAGUGUUUCAGUUUUAGUGAAACACCCUCUGCUCUCCUGAUCCCCUGCCCUGCCAGAUCCCUGCCUUUCCUGGCUGCCCGUGGCCCUGCUCACACACAACAUCUAAACCGAGUCAAUUUGCCAGGACAGUCCUCGGUGGGGAGGGGGUUCCCUGCUGCUGCCACCCCCCAGAGCCAGCGCACCAAGGAAGGGGUUCCCAGGGCCAGUCCCCUGCAGCAGCCCCGGACACUGCGCAGUGGCAGUGCCAGCCCGGUGGCCUCGGCCACUCGGCCACUCCCCGUGGACACCAGGGCAGCUCCAGCAGGGCCUUUCCUGGUUUGGGGGCUCCUGGCAAUGCCGAUGCACCAGGGCACGUUCUGUGUCCCGCUCUGAGGGCUCCAGCGUUUCGUAGCGUCUCUCCUGUAGUUUAGGGCUGUAUUUACACACCACCAUGUACCAGUGUCCCCCACCCCCAGCGCAUCCCCUGGUGCCCAGGGGGUCCCUGUCCGUCCCUCCCGGGCCAAGCCCAUCCCAUCAGAUGCCUGUGUAGCACCGACCUUUUACAGUACACAUGAGCCUUUGUAUCCUCAAAAAAGGUAAUUACUGUAUUUAAUUUCCUGUUAUUUGA